AUGGACACUUCAAAUCCUGCUGCGUUUGUUAAUGCCCAGGCUCUUCCCAAUUUCAUUGGAAAGAAAGUGAGAAUUGUGGUUCAGGUGAAUCAGUCUGAUGGAGCGGUGGCCACAGGAAAAUCCACUGAUGAAUCUCAGAUAAUUGUGAAAGGGUUAUCAUCACAAGUGCCUGUUUUGAAUUAUGUUGAGGUUAUUGGCAUUGCUGAAAGUAGUAACACUAUCCGUGCUGAGAUAUUUACAGACUUUGGUGCCACAUUUGAUGUCAACUCUUACAAUCAGUUAUGCCAACUUGCAAAUGGUGAAUUCAGGAAUCUGUUUCUUUAG